AUGCAUCUCACCACUUCAACCCUCCUCCUGCCAUUCCUAUUACUCAUCGCGCAGACAGCUACAUGCGCUCCUACUACAGAAGAUACAGGUGCAGAGACAGACCACCUAGUAUCCAACCGCCUCAGUCCAGUGUCGCUGCACAAACUCGUAAAUAAAGACCGUCUUCACCCGCCAGUCGAUACGACGAAGAAACGGGCUACGUCGGCGCUGUCGGGGCCGCUGUAUAUUGAGUUGCCGCUGGACCAUACAGACUCGAAUAGUGAGACUUUCUCGAAUAGAUAUUGGGUGGAUGAGACAUUUUAUCAGCCUGGAGGGCCUGUGUUUUUUAUCGAUAAUGGCGAAGCCACUGCAGACGGUAUGGAGGCAUACUUAACCACCGGCGCAUCGGGGUCCUUCGCAGAACGCUUUAAUGGGCUGCUAAUCCUCUGGGAGCACCGCUUCUACGGCUCCUCCCUCCCUACAUUUUCCUCUGAUUUCAGCUUCACCCCCUCACAGCUCAGCACCUACUUCGCCCACCAUACAAUCGAGCAAGCGCUCGAAGACGUCGCCGUCUUCGCUCGCACUUUCAAUGCCAGCGUCCACCCGUCCACCACGCCAUGGGUGUUUGUCGGGGGCUCUUACCCCGGCGCGCGCGCUGCAUGGGCCCGUCUGCGUAAUCCCGAUAUCUUCCAUGCAUCAUUGGCGUCGUCGGCGGUGGUGCAGCUGCAGGAGAACUUUUGGCAGUAUUUCCUGCCGGUGGAGAGGUCAAUGGACGAACAGGGAUGGCAGAACUGCUCGAGUGAUAUGAGGAGUUUUAAUGCGUGGGUGAAUGACGCUAUUGAUAAGCAAAAUGCGACGGCGGUAGAUAACUGGUUGGGGAGGGUGACGGGGGCGGAGGGGACGGCGUUGUGGAGGUAUUUCCAUUGGGAUGAUGAGGGCGAUGCGUGGCUGGAUCGGAAGACGAACAUGAGGGCGGCGGUGGGAGUUGUAUUUCAGGACUUUCAGUAUGUUGGAAUGGACGGCUGGCUUGGGUACUUCUGCAACCAGCUCCAACUCGAAGCAGCGGGGUCAUUCCGCAAUUUCGACGCCAAUUCCACCGGCAUCUUUCAAGACUUUGAGCUCGACAGCGCCCUCGAUAUCCAUGCCGCAGUCAUCAGGGAAAUUUGGAGCAAUCUUCUCACCCAAGACCAGAUCCCCCCGGUCGGCGUUAAUAUGUCGGACGUCUUGAUUAGCCGCGACUGCUCCUCCCUCCGCGACCAGUCCUUCUGCGAGGAGACCAUUAACAACCUCUCAUGGCAGUGGCAAGUAUGCUCUGAGUUUGGCGCCUUCCAGGUCGGAAAUGCCUCACGCCCCGAGUCACUUCUCCCAAAGAUUGAGUCCGUCGACUCCUGGAUUGAGGACUGCGUCUCCUACUUUGGCAACGGCAUGAAAAACGGCCCAAAUAUAGCACCGCUGAACGAUAGGUACGGUGGAUGGGACAUGAACCCGAGCAACGUGAUGUGGAACGACGGCGAGUUCGAUCCAUGGCGGAGCGUCACACCGCAUUCGACCACUGACCUGGCACCAAAGCGCCCGACCACGACGGAUAUUCCAGGGAAUGGAACGGUGCCGCCUGAUAACGAUGUGUUUGGAUUUGUUGUCCCGGGCGGGUUUCAUUGCCCGGAUCUAGGCGAUGUGGUAGCGGUGAGGGAUACAAGCAGGCCGCCGAGUGGGCCGGUGUCUGGAGCCAAUAUCGCACAUACGGUAUUUAUAAAUGCGCUUGCGAAGUGGCUCCCGGACUUUGUAGAGCAUGAUGUGUCGGAUGCGUCCACGAUGCCGCCGGGGUCAGCUGGGGGCGCGUCGAGCUCUAAUAGUGGGGGUUCGACAAGUGGCGGCCAGAACGAUUCUGGGGCGGAGAGAAGAGUGAUACCAGUGGUCGCAGCGAUGGUAGCUGUGGCUGUGGCACUAUGGGUGAUAUAG